AUGCAAGUCUUAGAAAGCCACUUCGAGAACACUGACACAGACACUCGGUUCGUCUGCUUCCGAAGGUGGGUUUCUCCGUCGACGCAGUUCGAAAAUCCCACGUCGCCCAACUCGGCUCCCUCCGAGGAUGGUCAACGCUGGUGGGAUUAUCGAAGCCAGAACGACUCGCUGGUCGGCGUCACAAUCGACGAGGUUGCUAAGGGCCAUGAUGGGCAGAGUUGGAGACUGGGAGAAUGUCUUUGGCGGGCCCUGCUAACGAGGGGAUUGGGUGCGCAAGCGGAACUCGAACCCGCGGUCCAGUUGGGGCGAGACGACGUGCUAGGCAGAGGCGCCACAUUUGAGUGUGACCAACUUGAAGCAAUCACACCUCGACUGUCUCGCGGCUACUUAUUAAUCCUC